UGGUCUAAUUUGGACAUCGCUGCUGCUUUGGUACCCUUAGCUGUGAAUGAAAGAUGGCCAGUAUUUAAGGUCUCGGUUUGAAAUCAUUCGAAGCAGAGAGAGCAGACCAGCAAAUACUUCUACUAGCUUGCUGCUCUUUAAUCUCCUUGGGGCAGUCUCUCAAUUGUUGGUGACGAUGCCAAACUGGGGUGGAGGGGCCAAAUGUGCAGCGUGUGAGAAAACCGUGUACCAUGCUGAGGAGAUUCAGUGCAAUGCCAGAAGCUUCCAUAAGACCUGCUUCAUCUGCAUGGCUUGCAGGAAAGGUCUUGACAGCACAACAGUGGCUGCCCAUGAGUCAGAAAUCUACUGCAAAACAUGUUAUGGAAAGAAGUACGGACCCAAAGGCUAUGGAUAUGGCCAGGGAGCUGGGGCAUUAAGCUCUGAUCCACCUUCAGAGAGCCUGGGGAUCCAGCCACAACAAUUCAAGCCUUAUCAACCUCCAGCAAGUUCAAAUCAAAACAAGUUUGCACAGAAGUUUGGUGGAUCAGACCACUGCCCCCGAUGUUCAAAGGCUGUCUAUGCAGCAGAGAAGAUCAUGAGUGCUGGAAAGCCCUGGCACAAAACCUGCUUCCGCUGUGCAAUCUGUGGGAAGAGUCUAGAGUCCACAAACGUAACAGACAAGGAUGGCGAGCUCUACUGCAAAGUUUGUUACGCCAAAAACUUUGGCCCAAAGGGAAUGGGAUUGGGGAAUCUUGGAAUGGUGGAGGAUCAAGAAUGAAGGCUCUGAAGUGUUCUGGACUCCAAGAUAAUUUUCACAUGGCACAGUACACAGUUCAGUAUUACACAGUGGAGGUAGUCGUACAGCCUAUUAAGACUGGCUGAGUUACAGAAAAUAAGUGUCCCACACAUACAUGAUAUGUAUGCCUACAUACAUCCUGUAAGGUCAGCCAUAGUGACAGAUGCUUAGCAAAAUAUUUUUAAUAUGUAUGGAAAUGUUUAUACUAAUAUUCACCAUAUAUACAAAAUGGGUAGAAUUAGUUCUUAACAAGACAACUUCAUAUUUUGAAAAGAUGUUAUUGUCUGAAUGCAUUAACCCUUAUUACCUGAAAUUAUUACUAUUCAUAAUUAAUCAGACAAUACCACAGUAAAUAAGCCUGUAUAGUUAAAAUAAGCAUGGCAGUACAAAACACAUUUGUACUCAGUCAUGUAAUUCAAUGGAAAGGAUGUUUACACAGAGCGGUGCAACUUAUAACUAGUUUGAAUUCAUUUCAAGACAACUUUUGUGUAACACUAAGAAAUAACUUAAAGAAAUGUAUGGUACAGGCAGUAAAAUGAAUGCCUUUAGUUGAAAUCUCUUCUGUUAUUACUGUUUGCCCUGUUAGCUUUGAUAACUGAUACUGAACACUGAUCAUAAUGUUUAGUUUGAUAGAAUCUUAGAUGGUCACACUUAAAUCACAGAGCCAUGUGCAGAGCUUCACUUCAAAUCAUGGCAACGAGUAUUUCAAACCAACAAAUAUUACUAUAGCUGUACACAUGCUUUUGUGCCUAACUGUAAUGAACGGAUCCAUUAUUAACGACUAGAGAAACAUUAUGUAAUGAGUAAAUAUAAACAAGUUUACAAUGGCUACCAGCUGAUUACAGGAAAUAGACGUAACUGCAAUAUAAUUUUGAUUACUAAAAUCUGCCUUUUGUGAAUAUCAUGUUCUUCGUCGGAACCAAAUUCUUGUGUGAUAUUGUACAAUAAAUUAUCUGGAAACUU